AUGGCGUUUGCUCUAAAGGCUGCACAGACGGGUGGACUGGCUGUUCCCCUGGAGCAUUUGGCCCGGAUUGUAAAUAUAACUGUAGUGGACAUUGCCUCAAUGAUUCAAUCUGUAACAGCACAACAGGAAAAUGUGACAAAGGGUGUAAACCAGGGUACAAGGGAGAACUUUGCAAUAACACAUGUGCAAGUGGAUAUUUUGGGUCAAAUUGCUCUCAAGUCUGCUCUGAGAAUUGCUCUAAUAUAUGUCAUCAUGUUGAUGGGACCUGUACCUGCAAAACAAAACAACAGAAUUCUCCAGAAUGUAAACAAGGUUGAUACACAAAUUUAUGGAAUAGUCCAUCUUGCCAUAGAGAAUGAAGCAAAAGUAGGAAGUCAAACUUUUGAAAGAGCUGACGAAUCUGUAACUGUGGGCUUAAGUGUUGGAACAAAUUCCAAAUCUUCGAAAAAAAUCAACUUGGCAGUUGUUGUCGAAUCAACCAUUAGUCUUGUGGACCAUGGACAUGCAACAGAUCCAAGAGGUGGAUUGAUCCGCACUAAGAAAAUAAUAUCGAUGAAAAACUUGCAUGUCAUUAUAGAAAAAAUGGCAUUUUGUGAAAGUGCUGGGUUUAAAAAUGAAUAUAUGGAAAUUAAGAAGGGAGAACUUUUUCCUUGUUUGGAAGCCAAAAAGCCUGAAAAUAUGUCCAAAAACCGGUACAAAACGACAUAUGCCUAUGACCAUUCCCGCGUUGUUCUUUCAACAUUAUCAAACGGAUCUGACUACAUUAAUGCAAACUUCAUUGAGGAUGCUCAAGGGCAAAGGGCAUAUAUAGCAACUCAAGGUCCAAAAUCAAAGACAAUUACUGAUUUCUGGUCUAUGGUUUGGCAAGAAAAAUUGAAUAUAAUUGUGUGUUUGACGAAUCUAAAGGAAGGAGAAAAGAUAAAAUGCUCUCAAUACUGGCCAAACAAUGACGAACAAGUAAAGGUUGGAGAAUUCACCAUUUGCUCCGAACAGGAGACUGUUUAUGCAGACUAUGUUAUCAGAACUCUUCGCUUAAGGAGAAAAAAUAUCAAAACAAACCUGACGGUGAUGAUGUUUCAUUACACAAAAUGGCCAGAUCACGGGGUUCCUGAUCCGCUCAGCCUUGUGAUAUUUCAUCGUCACGUGAUGCGGAUGUCUGAUAUAAGUGGUGGAAAAUAUACGCUUGUGCACUGCAGCGCUGGUAUAGGGAGAACGGGAACCUACAUAGCACUGGACGCCCUCUACCGGGAAGGUGAAAAAACAGGGAAAGUUAAUGUGCAAAAGUAUGUAGAAAUCAUGAGAAAGGACAGAAUGAACAUGAUACAGGGGAGUGAUCAGUAUGAAAUUGUCUAUCUGGCGCUUUAUGAGUCCUUUAGAGGAAAAGCAAAAUGUAUGUCCACCGAUUCCUUUUUGCAAGAAUAUCAGCAACACUCCAAAUAUUCUAACUCUGGAGAAAAUCCAAGAAAAUCAUCGAUAUCUGUUGAAUUCGAGGAAUUGAGGAAUCUUAGAAAAGAGUAUUCUAAAAAUGAUUUUGAAUCAGGGCAUGGAAACAGAGAGGCAAAUUACACGCCAUCAAUUUUACCAGUUGAGGAAUUCAGAUGUUAUUUGGACUACGUGAAAAAUAGAGGAACAUACUAUAACGCUGUUCUUCUCAAGUCUAUAACUAGCAAUGAUAUCCUGAUCAGCGCACAGUACCCCCUUCCUGACUACACGGAAGACUUUCUCAGAUUACUGACAGACUUUGAUGUCCGUAUUGCUGUAUUCUUAUCUCCUCUAAGAGAUAUUUCCUCAUCUACCCUGUGGCUUCCAUUUAAAAAAGAGACAAAAACAUUGGGUUCGUUCACUGUAAGAUUUGCAGAAUCUUCAAAUUCAAACAACAUUAACACCACAGAAGUUUUGUUGAAGCGAGAGGGAAGUGGAGAUAUCAAGAGAUUGGCUAUACUUGAGUGCAGGGCGUGGAAAGAAGGCUUGUCUUUCGACCGCAGGGCGUUACUUGACGCGAUAAAGGAAACUAAAAUUGAAAAAAUCCUGACUGGAAGAAGAAUUCUAAUCUUGUCGAAUGACGGUGUCAAACGCUGCGGUCCAUUCUGUAUUGUUUACAACUGCCUCGAGCAAAUAUCGAAAUUGAUAUAUUUACAAAUACACGUUUGCUUCAAAUUCGGAGACCAGAAUUUAUCUCCACAUUGGAUGAAUACCAGUUUUGCUAUGAUGUUUUAGCUGAAUAUCUACAGAAUGAUACAGUUUACGCUAAUUGCUAAAUGGAACUAG